AUGAACCAAAUUUUGAGCAAAAGUCAACCUAUCGAAAUUACCAACGAAAAAAUUCAACCUGACAAACCUACGGUAUUUACCAAUCUCGCAAACAUUUCAACCGCAUUUGCCGACUCUAUACUACUAUUCCUCGGUUUACGGCCUUCCGAAAAUGAUGAUCGCACGACACCACCUACAUCGUCAAUCAUGAUGCGUUAUGGCCUGAAUCCUCAGACGAUGGCCUACGUUCAGUUUAAAAGCACUCGUCUGAAAGGCUUUAACGGCGUUUUGACAUUUUUUCAACAACCAAAUGGUUCAACUGUUGUUUACGGAAAGUGGAAUGGCUUAAAGGAUCUGAACCCUAUGAAUUAUGAAUUUGUAAUUUAUAAAAACGGGGUAAUGCAGCGUGACAUGACUAUCAAUAUACGUAGAGAUAUCGAAAUUGAAG